CUUGGGAUCAUCUUCAGUUUUGUUGUUUCCGUGUUUUCUGGUCCUGAUGUACGCCUAUCUAGUGUACACAAAUAACCAACGACUGCGGAAAAGCGCGUGCGCGCUCACGUGCCACCGAAAAGCCGCACGCGUGAGAGAUUUAAAAUUAGACUCAACUCUCCCCACUGUCUACAUUACAUUACGCACACCAACAUUGUAUACGAGAAAGAUGCGUUUGGCUUUUGCCACCUGAAAAUGUUUGGUUCGCCAAGUUCACAUUCCCAGAUAUUAAUAUAAGCUCUCCCGCUCUUAGGCCACACGAGAGCCGGGGGAGACAUUGUUCGAAAAUUUUCACACUCAUACGCGGACGGUAGAUUUUUCCUAGUGGAAUUUCCACGAUCCUCCAAAUACUAAUCCUUUAGGGACAAAUUAGUGAUUUUUGUUUUGAUUUUUUGGUAUCUAUAACGCUUUCUGUUGUGCACCGCGAUGGAUAUUUCCAGUGACGUAUGGAAUCAGGUCGCUCUAGAAGCGUCCCAGCUGUAUUUCACCGAGGACGGCAAGAGCCCCUUCGCCAAUACGUCGAUCGAGAAACUCCCGGAUAAGGUAAUCUUGCAUAUCUUCUCGUACCUAAGCCACCUGGAGAUAUGUCGCAUGGCGAUGGUCUGCCGUCGUUGGCGUACGAUCGCUUACGAUACCAAGCUGUGGAAGAACGUUUCCCUGCGACCUGAGGUAUCAGGACUGCACGUGGGCUCCUUGGAACAACUGUUGCAGAUGAUAUCGGUACGCUUCAGUGCUUCUCUGCGAUACAUUGAAUUGCCGAUCGAGCUCAUCACCCACACUGUACUCCACGAGUUGGCCAGCAAGUGUCCCAAUUUGACGCACAUGCUGCUGGAUUUCUCCACUGCAAUGCAGCUGCACGACUUCAGCGAGAUGCAAGCGUUCCCCGCUAAACUUCGUUACAUGUGCAUCUGUCUGUCGGAGGUGAUCUUCAUGGAGGGUUUCAUGCGCAAAAUCUACAACUUUAUCAACGGUCUUGAAGUUUUGCAUUUGAUCGGCACCUACGAGAAAGGUGAAGAAGAAGAGGAAGAAAUCUACGAAGUCAUCAACGUUCACAAGCUCAAAUCAGCAACACCAAAUUUACGAGUGAUCAAUCUGUACGGUAUCAAUUUCAUCGACGAUUCGCACAUUGAUGCCUUCAGCUCCAACUGUAUCCAGCUGGAAUGUUUGGCGGUUAAUUAUUGCAGUAAGGUUACUGGCUCAACUCUGAAGCCCCUGCUGGCUCGUUCUAAGCAGCUCAAAUGUUUGCUGAUGAAUGGCACUGACCUGAAGUCGGAGUAUGUUAUGCAAGCUGAAUGGGAUAAGUGCUCUGUCCAAGAGUUGGAUAUAUCAGGAACCGAUCUGUCUACAGAAUGCCUAGUUGACCUGCUGACUCGCAUUCCCACUCUGCGCUUCUUGAGUGCUGGACAAAUUAAUGGAUUCAAUGAUUCCGUCCUCAAAGCAUGGGCUGAAAGCGGAAGCCCAAAGUCCCUAGUUGCUUUGGACAUUGAUUCGUCAGACAACAUCUCCGAUGAGGCCUUAGGAAGAUUCAUUACUCGCUAUGGAGCGCAGUUGCAAGCAUGUGUCCUGUCGGGAAUGACACACAUUACUGAUCAGCUGUGGAUGACAAUUCUACCUAUUUUGGUCAACGUGAAAAUUAUUGUAAUGGGAACAACCGAGCGAUUGAUCGGUAACAUACACGUCGAUCAGCUUAUGGAUACUAUUGGAUCAUCCUGCCCAGCGCUGGAGCGACUGGAACUGAGAUGGGAUCCGGAAAACUUACGUUUCUCGGACAAGAGCCAGAAGGCCAUUGAUAUGCUCCGAGUUAAGUGUCUGAAACUAAGAUGCUUGGUUCUGAGCGAUGGUCGAUACUACGAAACAGUCAAGGCGAAUUUCGAACGUGCAGAUCGUACGACGGUGGUACGAACCACAACCAGCUGCCGCGUUUCGGCUUACCACGUGCUUAGCAACUACAACGAUUUGAUUUUUAACUAAUCUUCUGAAGACGUUUAUCGUUACAAUUCAUGUACAUAUUUCAAUUCAACGUUUGGGACGAAUACGUUUCUAGUACAUCUUAGCAGAGAAGGUAGAAACCAUUGAACGAACUAACAAAAAUUACAUCGGUUAACCGGAUGUAACAUGAAUAAGGAGGAGGUAUAUUUUGUUAUAUUUUAAGAAAUAGAAAAAUACGAAUAAAAGACGGAAUGUUUAAUAUAA